AUGGGCGCCACCAAGGUGUCCCCCGCCAAGCGAAAGCACGGGGAGGUGGGGGCAGCGGGCAGGCAGGCGCGGCUGAGCGAUUUUGGAGUGCGCGUGACCAAACAGGAUGGCCCCGCGGGCAGCCAAAAGGCGCCGAACAGGGAGCUGGCCAACCUGGGGCUGGGCGGCGGCGGAAAGGCGGCAGCGCCGCCAGCUACCGACAGGCGCACGCCCCGCUGCGGCCUGGCCAGCCAGCAGCGGCAGACGCGCGCAGCUGCCAGCGCAGCCCUGGCCCCCACACCACCUCCCACUGCGGCAGCAGUGGUGCCUAGAAAGGCAGCGGCCGCAGCCAAGCCGCGGCGCGCCUCGGGCGGCAAGCAGCAGCCUCGCAGGGCCGCGGCAGGAACGGCGGCAGGCGGCCAGCGGAGCCACCUAUCCCAGGUCACCAUUGAUGGGGAGACCUUUCGUGUGGGGGACAACGUCUAUGUUGUGCUAGACACAGAGAAAGUGGCGCAGGCGGGCAUCAGCAAUGGCGACGUUGAGGAGGAGGACUGCGUGUGCCUGGUGUGCGGAGAUUCGGAGAAGGAGGCUCGCGUGAUGCUGGAGUGCGACCGGUGCCUGGCCGGCUGCCACCUGGGCUGCCUGUCACCGCCGCUGCAGGAGGUGCCAGAGGGGGAGUGGGUGUGCCCGGCGUGUGCUGCGGGGCGCGCGCCCCGUGCCCGGUCGCCCACCACCGCCCGCGACUGCCUGCUCCAGCGCCACGGCCUGGCCCUGGCUCGCAUCGAGGCCAUCUGGCAGGCAAGCGGGGCAGGCAUGCACUUGCGGCGCGGCGGCUGCUUUGCUGACGCCGAUGGGGAGCUGGAGUGCAUGUACCGCUGGUACUGCGUACCGGAGGAAACCCACACGGGGCGCCAGCGCCACCACCUGGCUCGCGAGCUGUUCCUCACGCAGCAGCGGGACGGCGACAGCAUGGACGCCAUUCUGCGCGGGGCGCACGUGCUGGGCCUGCGCGAGUUUGGGGCAGGCGCCGCCUGCUCGGCGCUGGGGGAGGAUGUGUUUGUGUGCGAGUAUCAGUACGAUUCGGCCUGGCAGCGCUUCCGCCGCCGCACCGAGUUCGACAGCGACAGCGAGGACGAGGAUGGGGGCGAGGAGUGGGCCCCCGGCGCGGGCGGCCAGGCGUCAGAUAGCGAGGAUGAGGAGGAGCUGGUGCCAGAGCAGGACCUGGCGCCCGCAGGCGGGGCCCGCCGCAAGGCCGGCAACGGCGGUAUCAACCGGCAGCACAAGCAGGGCGGGGAGGAGUACCUUGCUCAAGUGGGGGCACUGGCUGUGCCGGAGCAUGCACGCCAGCGCCAGCGUGGCGCCAGCGGCGCCCUCGGCCAGGCACGGGACGUGCUGGCGCUGACGGCGGUGCCGCGCUCGCUGCCCUGCCGUGACGUGGAGCGGGGCCAGGUUGCCGAGUUUGUUCAGGAGGUGUUGGCAGAAGGCGGCGGCAAGUGCCUCUACAUCAGCGGCAUCCCGGGCACAGGCAAGACUGCCACCGUGCUGGAGGUGAUGCGCGGCCUGAAGCGCAAGAGCGAAGUGGGCGAGCUGCCCCACUUCCAGUUUGUGGAGAUCAACGGCCUGCGCCUGCCCUCGCCCCAGCACGCCUACUCCGCGCUCUACGAGGCCCUCACCGGGGACCGCGCGGGUCCGCAGGCGGCGUCCGCCGCGCUGGAGGGCAUGUUUGGCGGCGGCGGCGGCGGCGGCCGGGGCGAGGGGCGGCGCCCCACCAUUGUGCUGGUGGACGAGAUGGACCUGCUGGUGAACAAGUCGCAGACUGUGCUGUACAACUUGUUUGACUGGCCGGGGCGCAAGGGCUCCCGCCUGUCCAUCAUCGGCAUUGCAAACACAAUGGACCUGCCUGAGCGCCUGCACGCCCGCAUUGGCAGCCGGCUGGCGGGGCGGCGGGUGGUGUUCCAGCCCUACAGCAAGGACCAGCUGCAAGAGAUCAUCAAGGCCCGGCUGGAGGGUCUGUCCGCCUUCCAGCCCAAUGCCCUUGAGUUCAUCUCUCGCAAGGUGGCCAACUGCUCUGGCGAUGUGCGGCGCUGCCUGGAGCUGUGUCGCAGAGCCGCCGAGAUAGCAGAGGACAAGCUUCGCAAGCAGCAGCAGCAGCAGGUUCAGGGCAGUGAAAGCGCAGCGGGGGAGCAGGCGCAGCAGGAGAGCGGGAUGGUGGAGAUGCGGCAUGUGGGCGCCGCCAUUGCCGAGAUGUUCAGCACGGGGCACGUGCGGCUGCUGCGGGAGGCGUGCCGCCUGGAGCGCCUGCUGCUGGGUGCCCUCUACCUGGAGCUCAGCAGCAGCGGCCGUGCCGAGUGCCUGCUGCUGGAUGUGUGGGAGCGGCUGCGAGUGCUGUGCUCCCAGAACUGCGAGGCGCAGCGGUACGACUUUGGCAGCGUGCUGGAGCGGGCGGCGGAGCUAGGCGCUAAGCGCCUCAUCAUCUGUGAUCCAGGCGUGCGGCGGGUGCGUGCCAAGGUGGCCCUCAAUGUCGCGCCCAACGAUCUGCUCAUGGUGCUGUCAAGCGAUGCGGAGCUGCCGUGGCUGGAGGCGGCUAUCAGCCGCGCGGCGGCGACGGCGCCUGUGAUGGCGGCAGAGUGA